GACGUCUCUCCCCCGCCCCUUGGUAAAUGUCUCUCAUUCAUCGGCCCUGACACCCAGUCUCGCCUCUCUGCUUGAUGACUCCGAUCGAUCAGGUUAAUCCCAUUGAUGAGUCAGUCACGCGCCCGGACGCGCGGACGCGCGGACGCAGCCAUUGCGCAGCGCCGCGUUAAAAAGGAGCGCACCUGGACGCGUGUGCCAACAGCGCAGGUCCGCGGCAAAUCUGUGCGGGACCCAGGUUAAUGAUUCGCCGGUUAUCUCGCACUUAGUACUCGAGCGUGGAGUUUGGAGUCUGCCCUCCUCUCCGAUAAAACCCAACAGGGGGAAGCUUGCACUCGCUUUGCCCUUUUCCUUUUUUGGCCCUUUGCUGCUGUACUCCAGCCACUGACUCUGUGGCUGUGUGUCGGUUUUGACCCGUCUGGCUGCAGGGAGAGGACACACACACACACACACACACACACACACAAUGUUUACUCUUGUUGUUGUGUUCUUGCUUUGCACAGCCUCCUCCGUCUCCGCUUCUGCCAAAGGUGGUGCUGCUGCUGGACCGCGGCUCAACGACAGCCAGCUGUACAAAUUCAGCUACGCCACCGAGGUGCUGGUGGACCAGGCCAGGGGGUCAAAGGAGGGCAGUGUCGGCUACGGGAUCUCCAGCGAUGUAGACGUCAACCUGGUGUGGAGAGAUCCGAGCAACAAGGACGAGCAGCUGAUUCAACUGGCGAUCUCAAAUGUGAGGAUCGAGCCCGUGUCCAAUCGACCGGAGAAGAAGAACGUCCUCACCGGAUCAACGGUCGAAAGCGUUUUGGGGAAGAACAAACUUGCAGCUCUGACAAAGCCGUUCUUGGUGCAUCUGAGAAAUGGAAAGACAAAAGCAUUUUAUUCCUACUGGGUCGAACCUGCCACCAUCAAAAACCUGAAACGAGGACUGGCCAGCUUACUGCAAUUGCAGCUCAUCACCGGGAAGGUUAUAGAGAAUGACGUGUCUGGACGGUGCACGGUCGAGUACAGGGCAGUCAAAGGUCAAGUGACAAGAACAAAGAACCUGGAGACGUGUAAGACGGCAGAGACUGGAUUCACCACACACAGUGAGGUAUUGGGUGUGAACAGUAAGUCCAGUUCUGUCACAGUGUUCACACUCCAGGAUGGUUUCAUCCGCUCGGCCGUGGCUGAAGAAAUGCACUUACUGGCCGUCAAUGCGCGCAGAUCCGUUGCAGCUAAAGUGGUGUCCAGGCAAACCUUGACACUGACGGGCACAGGGGCCGGACCACUGGAGGCUGCUGGGAAAGAUGUGCCCGGGGUUGUCAAGUCGAUUGACGCCAAACUGGCCGCGGUUGGUGUCGUGGCCGAGAAGGUCAAGACCCAGUGCAAGGGUUGUCCAUCACUUUUCGAACAUUGGCAGGCUGAGCAGAAGCAGCUGGAGCCGGCGGGCCUGUCCAAAGCCCUGGCCCCUCGCAGCUUCCUGGCCCUCAUCCAGAGCAUCAGGAAGGCGUCCAAGGACGAGAUCCUCAAAGUGAUGAAGAGUGCCAGCAAGACAUCCCUACCUCAGGUGGUGGAUGCUGUGACCUCCUCUCAAACUCCUGCAUCCCUGGAUGCCAUGCUUGAAUUCCUCAACUUCACCGACUCCAAAGGUUUGGUCCUGCAGGAGAGAUUUCUCUACGCAUGCGGCUUCGCUUCACAUCCCAAUGAGAGAAUGCUCCGGGCUCUGCUGGACAUUUCUAAGGGAAAGAUCGGCAGCACUGACAUCAAAGAGUCUGUGGUGAUCAUUAUGGGAGCCCUGAUCCACAAACUGUGUCUGAAAGGAGAGUGCAACCUACCGACGGUGGUGCAGGUGAAGAAGAUGAUUUUGGACGGCCCUGACAGCACACAGGCGGAGUCCGAGGUCCAGAUGUACCUUCUCGCUCUGAAAAACUCACUGCUUCCCGAGGCCAUUCCCAUCUUCACCAAAUACGCCGAGUCGGAGGUCGGCGCUUACUGCACCAUCGCCCUCAGCGCCCUGCAGAGAUACGACGUCAAGCUCAUGACCAAUGAGGUAAAACUGACAGUGAACAGGGUUUACCACCAGAAUCGACGGAUCUACGAGAAAAAUGUGAGGGCUGCCGCUGCCGACGUCAUCCUCAACAGCAAUCCCUCAUACAUCGAGGUCAAGAAUCUGCUUCUGUCCAUUGGAAACCUGCCCCAUGAAAUGAACAAGUACAUGCUGUCUAAGAUCCAGGACAUCCUCCGCUUCCAACUGCCUGCCAGCAAAGUCUUACGCCAAGCUAUGAAGGACAUGAAUUCCCAUAACUACAACCGGUUUGCCAAAGUUGGGUCAUCAUCUGCGUACUCGGGAUUCAUGGCUCAAUCUGCUGACGUGACCUCCACGUACAGUUUGGACAUCCUGUAUUCAGGCUCAGGAAUCCUGAGGAGAAGCAACAUGAAUAUAUAUGGUGCCAGUAAAGGAGCAAUGCUUCACGGACUACAGGUGGCCAUCGAGGCCCAGGGUCUGGAGUCACUGAUCGCUGCCACACCUGACGAGGGAGAGGAAGACCUGGAGUCGUUCGCUGGGAUGUCGGCGCUGCUGUUCGAUGUCCAGCUGAGGCCGGUCACCUUCUUCAAGGGCUACAGUGACCUCAUGUCCAAAAUGUUCUCCAUGAGCGGGGAGCCCAUGAACGUGGUGAAGGGUCUGAUCCUGCUGACCGAUCACUCUGAGGUCAUCCAGUUGCAGUCCGGUCUGAAGGCGAGCGCAGAGUUUCAAGGAGGGUUGGCCAUCGACAUUUCUGGAGGCAUGGAGAUCAGUCUGUGGUACCGAGAGUCCAAGACCAGCGUCAACAACAGAGGAGCACUGGUGGUCACCGGUAACGUCACCGUGGACAUGGACUUCAUGAGAGCGGGUGUGGAGGUCAGCUUUGAAACAGAGGCAUCGCUGGAUUUCAUCACAACGGUCCAGUUCUCUGAAUAUCCCUUCUUGGUGUGCAUACAGAUGGACAAAACUACUUUCCCCUUCAGUGAAUACAUGACCAAAUAUGAAAGCCUGUCAUCGGGGAAGAACGUCAUGUCGCGUAAGAGCAAGAAGCAGCUGGUCCCUGGGACUGAAUUCCCUCUUCACCAGGAGAACUCAAACAUGUGCAAGAGGAUUUUUGACUCCAGCUGGUAGAGACACCAUGAACUAUCCAGAAGCGAGUGUUCAUUUGUAUGAGCAUGUUAUUGUCACUCGAAAAGGGUUCAUUGCAUUCAGACAGCUAUCACAGCCCGGCCUCAAGCAGUGAAUGACUGUGAGAAAACACAUACAGUGUUUACAUUCCUAUGAGUAUGUUAGUAAUUUUAAUUUUACCAUUUGUUUGAAAUCAGGAAUUCUUGCAUUGUCUUUUUAUGGAUUUCAUUGAAAUUGAAAUUUUAUUUAUGACAGGCACAUACGGGAUGUAUGUUUUACUUGAUGUGUGAUACUCGAAUUGUACCAAUGUAAAUUUCCCCAGUACAGUUACAUUCAAGACAUGCAGUACAUGUAAAUAUCACACCGGAGAUAGUGAAUUAACUUCCCCAUCACCAUAAAUGCUCCUUUCAGUCGACAUUCCUUCUUUUUUUUAAUCAAAUAUGUUUACUGUGGAGGGGCAAUUUAGUGCUUUUUAUCACUGUAUCCAUCCAUCCACUUUUUUUGCAGAUAAAAAUCAUACCUAUUAAAGUGAAUCCAUCAACACUUGAAUAUAUUUUUUGUACAUUGCUGCAACAGCUGAACUUGUGUUUCCAUAUUUACGGAUCAGUUUGUUGGACUUGUAAUUGGCUGACAAUAAAUAUGCACUGGAAACACCUUUGA